CACAUGAUAAAACGUAACUGGUUCCAUAUGCAAUCCCCACGGUAAACUGACUGUUAUAUAUAUUCCGGGAGAGAUCAAGAGAAACUACAAGAAACAAACUGAGAAAGAUAGAAAUGGUUAACUUAGUUGAAGCACAGAAACCAUUGUUGCGUGGUUUAAUGAAGCUAGCUGGUUUAAAACCCCACACAGUAGAGAUUGAGCAAAACACAGUAAUGAACUUUUGGGUUCCAUCUGAAACCCUCAAAGAAAACAAGAAGCCAAACAACAAACCAAUCGUGGUCUUGAUUCAUGGUUUUGCUGCAGAAGGUAUUGUAACAUGGCAGUUUCAAGUGGGUGCACUGACUAAAAAGUACAGAGUAUACGUUCCUGACCUCCUAUUCUUCGGCGGCUCAACAACCGACAGUGCAGAUCGAUCACCGUCUUUUCAAGCUGACUGUUUAGUAACAGGAUUUAGGAAACUAGGUGUUGAGAAGUGUUCUAUUGUUGGUUUUAGUUAUGGUGGAAUGGUUGCUUUUAAGAUGGCUGAGAGAUAUCCUGACCUUGUUCAAGCUAUGGUCAUUUCGGGGUCAGUUCUAGCAAUGACUGAUUCACUCGGUGAUGACUGUUUAAAUAGACUGGGAUUUUCGUCUUCGUCAGACCUGCUCUUGCCUAAUUCUGUUAAGGGGCUUAAAGCUCUUCUUUCUGUUGCUGUGCAUAGGAAACUUUGGUUCCCUGAUCGUCUUCAUCGUGACUUCUUAGAGGUUAUGUUCACGAAUAGGAAGGAAAGAGCAGAACUUCUUGAAGGUUUGGUAAUCAGCAACAAAGAUAUUACCAUUCCGAAUUUCACACAGAGGAUACACCUACUUUGGGGAGAGGAAGAUCAAAUAUUCAACCUAGACCUUGCUUUGAACAUGAAAUGCUGAGUGAAUCUUUGCGUUUGUAAGACAGUUGUGGCUUAAACAGACCUUAAUUGAUGCUAACUAAGAUUUAGCUAAGCUUUUGGUGCUUAUGGUCACUUACUGAGACUAAUUCAACUCCUAUUAUAGGCAACUGGGUGAUAAAACAACUUUACAAGGUAUACAGAAAGCAGGUCACCUGGUUCAUCUCGAACGACCAUGCGUCUUCAACAAAUGUCUUAAAGAAUUUCUUGCAUCUCUGCACGCAGUUGCAGAAGACCGGAAGCAGCAAUAAGUUACAGAUCUAUAUUCUCUGUCUACCUCAUCAACUACUAUUCUGCAGCAGCAACAACCAGCUUAUCAAUGAUAUGUUAGUUGAUGAAAGUUCUGUAUUUUGUAUUCAGUGUCGGUUUCUUUUACGCGAAUUGAUCGAUUACAAACAGUUUCAAGUACUAGUUUAUGCUCCCUUCUUCUCCAUCUGUUUCUCCUUUUGUGCUCUUGUAGCAUUUAAAUAAAAUUUAAA